AUGGAUUCGUCCUUGUCUUGGUACCAGACCAUAGAUAACGAGUCGCUGUGGAACGGCACGUGCACGCCUGAGAACACUGUGCUCAUCGAUGUUGUCAGCGUCGACAUUCUAUUGUACUCACGGCUCGAAAUCGUGUACAUCUCCGUGGUCUUACCAAUCGUAGCAGCAUUGGCCGCCAUCACCAAUGGCAGCUAUCUCUACGUUGUUGCCAAGAUCAAGUCCAUGCGAACCGUCACUAACAUCUAUCUGGCCAAUCUAGCUGUGGCCGAUAUGAUAUACUCGAUUUCACUGUGCGCUUCGACGUUCUACUUGUAUUCCAAUUCCGGAGGUGUACGCGGAAAUGUGCCAGUGGCGCAGAACUGCGCACUCCUUCUUCUGUUCCCCGAGAUAUGCUACGGAGCGUCGUUUUUCUUAGUUCUGGCUGUCACUGUGGACCGAUUUUACGCCGUGUGCUACCCGCUGAAGCACCGUACAUUCACUAAAGCCCGCACGGUCAAGACCACAAUUGCUGCCUGGAGCCUGGGCUCGCUGCUUUUUUUACAGACAGUGUUGAGUAGUGUCUUUGAACACUUGGUAUGUGUCGUCUGGCCCGAUUUGCGGCAAUAUUCCGAUCUGCCAUCUGUCUUCCGACUCUGUACCGGUAUUUUUACAGAGAAGGUGGAUAAACUUGUGGAAAGCCUCCUGGGCAUCCCUGUUUUUGUGUUCACCAUGCUAGCAAACUGCUUCAUGUACAUCAAAAUCAUCAAAGCUCUGAACAAUCGACCAGCACAGCGAGAUAACCAACGCGGACCGAGUAACAACGCCGAGCGGACCCGUCGCCGAGUUACUAACAUGCUGCUCGCCAAUACGCUGGUUUUCUUUAUGUUAACCUUACCCACUCACAUCCGCUUGGCCUUGGAACUGAUGACAGAAUACAUGCAACUUCCACCUGCAUUGGACAGACUAACACACAGUGCGUCCUUAACGCUGAUGGCAAGCGCCCUCUGCUUUAUUAACUCGAUGAUCAACCCCAUCAUCUACAAUGCCACCAACUCCCGUUACAGACAGGCGUAUUGUGAGGCGUUCCUUCCGUGUCGUCGCAGUCGUACGCCCUAG